AUGCCGUACGUGGACCGACACAAUCGCAUCUGCGGCUUUCUGGACAUCGAGGAGACGGAGGCCAGCGGAAAGUUCUUGAGACGAUACUUUGUCCUCGGCGCGCAGCGGGAUCGACUCGUGUGGUACAUGGACAACCCGCAGAACCUUCCGGACGGAGCCCAAAACGUCGGAUCUCUCAAUCUUUCCUACAUCUCCAAAGUGAGCGAUGCCACCAAACUAAGGCCAGAGGCUGAGUUCUGCUUUGUUAUAAACGCUGCAAUGAGGAAGUUCUACCUGCAAGCCAACGACCAACAAGAUUUGGUAGAGUGGAUCGCCGUUCUCAACAACGCCACCAAGAUAACGGUGCCAAAAAUUAGCGAUGGCGCCGAUGCACCUCAAGAAGUUUUAGGAGCCUUGAAGCAGGUCUCUUACAAGACGGAGAUCAUCGGCGGCGUCCCCGUCGUCACUACCACUCAGGAACAGGUGGAGACGGCGAACGGAGCCGAGCGCGACGCUUUGAGCGCACCCUACUUCCUAUCUGGCCAAGUCCACCGCCAGAACCGGGAUGUCAUCAAGGCGGGAUUUUGCGUCAAGCAGGGAGCGGUGAUGAAGACGUGGAAGCGACGUUUCUUCAUGCUGGAUCAAAACGACCUCCGCUACUUUAAGUCGGACUCGGACAGCGAGGCGCUCCGCGUCAUUUCCCUCAAGGACAUCCUCAAAGUUCAAGAGUGCGAGCAGAGCGAGCUGAUGUUGAGAGACAACCUCUUUGAGGUGGUCACCACCUCCAGAACCUUCUACUUGCAGACGGACAGUCCAGAUGACAUGCACAGCUGGAUAAAAUCCAUCACCGGCGCAAUCGUGGCCAAGCGUGGACCAGGAAGCUCCAUGCCCUCAGAUGGCAGCUCGCCCACCGUCUCCUCGUCCACUUUCUACGUCACCUUAGGCGAGAAACCGCCUCAGGCGCAAUCCCCCACUGACUCUCCCGCCCACUCAGUUGUGCUGGGGGAUGAGUUGAUGUCUCGGCGUACCGAAGAGGACCCGAACCCCCGCAACGCGUGA